CAAGCUGGCAGUUAAGCCCUGGCACAGCUGAGGGAAGAAACUCCUUGCCAAGACCUGAAGAAGCUGAACUACGAACUUGCUCAGAAUGAUUUUUGAGAGGAACCUGCAUGUAGCCACACCACUAAGGGAAAGCAUUGCCCUCUCCAAAGCGGCUGGCACCAAAGUCUACCUCAAGCUGGACAGUGCUCAGCCCUCUGGCUCAUUUAAGAUCCGGGGCAUUGGCCACUUCUGUAAAACGAAGGCAAAGAAUGGCUGUAAGCACUUUGUAUGCGCUUCAGGUGGUAAUGCUGGCAUGGCAGCUGCCUACUCAGCCAGGAAUCUGGGUAUUCCUGCCACCAUCCUUGUUCCCAGAUCCACCCCAGAUUUCACCAUCCAGCAGCUGAAGGAUGAGGGAGCCACUGCUGAAAUUGUGGGAGAGGAAGUGGAUGAAACCACUGAAGAAGCCAAGGAGCUGGUGAAGAACAACCCUAAAUGGGUCUAUGUUCCCCCUUUUGAUGACCCCCUCAUCUGGGAGGGACACACAUCCAUGGUGAGGGAGAUGAAGAAAAGCAUGGACUCCAAGCCCGGGGCAGUGGCCCUAUCUGUGGGAGGAGGGGGUAUGCUGUGCGGAGUGAUCCAGGGCCUCCGGGAGGUGGGCUGGAAGGAUGUGCCCAUUAUUGCCAUGGAGACUAAAGGGGCACACAGCUUGAACACAGCCAUGGCUGCUGGGAAGCUGGUGACAUUGCCAGAAAUCACCAGUGUUGCUAUGACCCUCGGGGUAAAGACAGUGGCAGCUGAGGCACUGAGGCUGGCCCAGGAGCACCCUGUCUUCUCAGAAGUCAUCACAGACCAAGAGGCCAUUGUAGCUAUUGAAAAGUUUGUGGAUGAUGAGAAGAUCCUGGUGGAGCCAGCCUGUGGGGCAGCACUGAGUGCUGUCUACAGCAGUGUGGUGCAGAGGCUACAGGCCGAAGGGAAGCUGGAUGCCAUGCUGAGCUCCCUUGUGAUCAUUGUGUGCGGUGGCAACAACAUCAGCCUGACUGAGCUUCAGCAUCUCAAAAAGAAGCUGAGCAUCUAGAAGUUCAGUGUAGGCAGGGCUGUGGGUGCUUGGGGCAGAGCUUGGUGGUGCUGAAGUUUUAUAUGGGCCCCAUUUUUAAGCAUAAUGAUACUUUUAGCAGUCACUGCACUGGCAAUGCUAUAGGGCUCUAACUCAUCACAACACCCUUCCCCCUGUGUCAGACAGCCUGAGGGCUCCAGAUCUAGUACUUCGGGGCCUGGCUUCAUGACUAGCUCGGAGGUCAGGAAGGAAUGGCUCCCCCCUUCCCGCCACCCACUGACAUAGGUCUGUGGUGCAUUCCUGUCAGUGGAUGCCAGGGUAGCCCCGUUGUCCCAGGUGCCAUGCAGACACAUGGUGAAAGGUCAUCUCUGUUUGCAAACUACAUAGACAAAGACUGAAAGACAAUAAAGAAGCACAGAGAGGGGGGAAGCAUUUUGCCCAGUCACACAUCAGCAUCAGGAAUAGAACCCAGCUCUCCUAAGUCCUACCCAGUGUUGUGACCCUUAGGCCAUGCAGUCUGAUUGACAUACCUUCUGCAGCACUUGGUGUCCUCUGCUGUUAGAGACAUGUUCCUGGGGCCUGAUGGCUCUAGCCCAUAUCUGAUAGAGCAGAACGAUGGGAUACCAAUAUAGAUCAGGUAGUAUGCUAGGGUAUUUGUGGUGUCUCUGAGCAAUAUGCCUUGGAGUUGUGCAGCAGUAUUGAUUGUGUAGUUUUAAGAAUAAGUUAGAUAAGGACUUUUAUGGGCUGGUAUAGAUGGGAAUGAUCCUGCCUCAAGCAGGGGGUUGGACUAGAUGACCACUGGAGGUCCCUUCCAACCUUACUUUUCUAUGAUUGAUCAACCACUGGUGUAUAUUGAAGAGUGAUAACAGGCACCUCCCUGCUUAUUCUAGUGGGCUGACACCUGCCCUGAUGAAAGCAUAUAAUGGCAUAAGGUGCCAUUAGUCUUUAUGCCCUAUUGAUGGCACAGCCCAUGCGUUUUGAAGAGGUGCCUGGUGCUGUCAGACUGUAACCCUUCUAGUGGGCACUAGACAGCAGUAACAAGGGACAGGUUCAGAAUUAGCGUUUUUACACAAAUUCUUAUCUUAGCUUGAGCCCACACCUAGAAAUCUGGAAAAAUAAGUGAUCACACUUCCCCACUCACAAGCAAUGCUGAACUACAACAGGGGUUACUGAAGGGGGAAAAUGGACAACCAACUACCAUUAAGAGCACACGCCAACCAACUAUUGACAGUUUGUCACAGUCAGCACUAUCAGAGCUCUCUCCCAGUUCCACUCAGGGUGAACUUGGUAGCUAGUGGGGGUAGGAGAGCAGCUGGCCCCCAUGUAUCCAAUGCCCUCUCAGGAUGGCAUUGUUACUCCUGCAGCAAAGAACUCUUUUGCACUGCUGCAAAACAAAUCUAAAGGAGCUGUACUACCUAACCCAGCCAAUGGGGGUUGCCACAGCUGUCUGGACACUUCUUUCAUGGGUUUGGCAUCGUACAGUCUUGCCAGCCUGGUCUCUUAGCCAAGGGCACAGGCAACAAGCUGGUCAAUCUGUCUGCAUCUACCUUUUUCACUUAUCACUCCAGUGCACACUGGGCAGGGAGGGGUUGGUGUGCUGGUGGUUUGCAGAGUGACUCUGAUAGCUUGUAUCCAGGGCUUAGCACUCUGUAACACAUCCACUUUUUGAAUAUCUAUAAUAAUAAUAAAAGGCUUAUUCUGUCUGUCCAGAGCACUCUGAUGUUGUUUGAUGGCAGCCAAUCACAAUGCUUACGGAAACAACCAAUCAGAGUGCUCUGGACAGACACAAUAAGCUUGUUUUUAUUAUAGAUCCAGCGGCAUUUCAAACAGAUAUGCAGGCAAGUCAGAGCUAGAAGGAAUGACCAGGCCCCUCCACCACAGGCUUGGCUGGUAUUGCCAAAGGGAAA